UAGCAUUUAAGCUAAUUUGUCUCUACUCUAUACCUCUCUUAUCCAUCUGCAGCCUCAGCCUCAGCCUCCCAAAUGACACCAAAGUGAAUCAACCCUCAAUAUCAAGCCCCUCAAAUCUUCUCAAUUUGAAGCACAUCAUAGAACUGCUCCCCCUUGGUUCCACUCUUCUGUUACUGUUGAAGGGUCAUGUUGAAUAAGCUAGCCUUGCCAGAAUCCAGCACUUUCCCAGGAAAGCCAAUGCCACCCACAGCUGAAUGCUGGUUUGAUGAUGCAUGCAUCCUUGACAUGGACUACUUUGUGAAGACCAUCUCAGGCAUAAAGGCCAAGGGUGUUCGUCCCGACUUAGUAGGCUCAAUCAUUGCACAUUAUGCAUCGAAAUGGCUACCUGAUCUAUCCGGCAAUGACACCGAAAAGGGUCCUAUGAGCCUCCAAGAGUCAUCGCCGGAGAGUGUCACAGUUUCAUGGAUGAAAAAGAGGUUCUUUGUUGAAACCUUGGUGGGAAUCUUGCCACCUGAGAGAGAUUCCAUCCCCUGCAACUUCCUCCUACGCCUUCUCCGGACGGCCAACAUGGUUGGGGUGGAGCCUUCCUACAGAGCAGAGCUGGAGAAAAGAAUUUCGUGGCAGCUUGACCAAGCAUCACUGAAAGAGCUCAUGAUUCCAUCGUUUAGUCACACUUGUGGCACUCUGCUAGACGUUGAGCUUGUUAUAAGGCUGGUUAAGAGAUUUGCUAGCCUUGAUGAAGGCACUAGAAGCGGCAUUGCGGUGGUUAAAGUAGCUAAGCUUGUGGAUAGCUACUUGGCAGAAGCAGCUUUGGAUACCAAUCUGAGUUUGGAGGACUUUAUUGCACUUGGUGCUGCUCUUCCUAGCCAUGCCCGAGCCAUGGAUGAUGGCCUCUACCGUGCCAUUGACACUUAUCUCAAAGCACAUCCAGGUGUUUCAAAGCAAGAUAGGAAGGUUCUAUGCAGAUUGAUAGACAGUCGAAAACUGUCACCAGAAGCAUCCCUACACGCUGCACAAAACGAACGUUUGCCAGUUCGGGCGGUGAUUCAAGUGUUGUUCUGCGAGCAAAGCAAGCUCAACCGACAUGUUGAUUGGAGUGGGUCGUUCAACGGAACCCGGAGUCCUAACCCGGCAGGACUGGAAGCCCCGGUUCGGUGCAUGUCGAAACGUGAAAUGAACGCUCAACAAAUGGAGAUAAAGAAGCUGAAGGAAGAACUGCUGAGGGUCCAAAGCCAAUGCGUAGCGAUGCAAAUGCAAAUGGAGAAACUAGUGGAUAAGAAGAAAGGGUUUUUCAGGUGGAAGAAGCUGGGGAUAAUGCCGUCGCUGAAGAGCAGCGUGAGUGUAUUUGAGAAGAUUGAAGAAGAAAGAGAGGCUAACUUUGGGAGGCAAACCCCCAUUGAUAUCAAACAGAAGCCUGUUCGUCCUCCCAAGUGGAGAAAAUCCAUGUCUUGACUUCAUUAUGCAGGGGUUCCUAAUUAAUUUGCUGCUAAAUUUAAUGUUUUAUAUAUAUAUAUGUUCCUUUUCCUAUGUUCCAUGUCGCGAUAAUAAUGUAACAAUAAUAAGAUUCGUAUUAAAUAAAUGUAGUUUUUCUUUUUGUA